AUGGCCGCGCUGCGCUUCGGGGAGCCGCCGCCCGCCUUCCCCGCAGGUAGGUAGGUGGGAGGGACGGGACGGGACGGGACGGGACGGGACGGGGGCGGCCCCGGGGCGGCCCCGGCGUCGCCUCACGGCCGCCCCCUCCCUCCGCCCGCGGGGGCGCCCGGGGCCGCCGCCGCCUCGCAGCGGCGCAAGCGGACCAGCUUCACGGCGGCGCAGCUGGAGGCGCUGGAGCUGGUCUUCCGGGACACCAUGUACCCCGACAUCCGCCUGCGCGAGCGCCUCGCCGACGCCACCCGCAUCCCCGAGUCCCGCAUCCAGGUCUGGUUCCAGAACCGCCGCGCCAAGUCCCGCCGCCAGCGCGGCCCGGCCCGGCCCGGCCCCGGCCCCGGCGCGCCGCCGCCCGGCUACGCGCCGCCGCCCGGCUGCGCGCCCUGCGGCGCGGCGCGGCUC